CCGCGCCCCCGCCCCUCCGCCCGUCCUCCCGGCCCGGCCCCAGCGCGCCGCGGCCCCGCCGAGAUGCUGCCCCUCUCCAUCAAGGACGAUGAGUACAAGCCGCCUAGACUCAACCUGCUCAGGAAGGUGUCCGGCUGGUUCAGGUCCAUCCUGGCGGACAAGACCUCCCGCAACCUUUUCUCCUUCCUCUGCCUCAACCUCUCCUUCGCCUUCGUGGAGCUGCUCUACGGCAUCUGGAGUAACAGUUUAGGUCUAAUAUCAGAUUCUUUCCAUAUGUUUUUUGACUGUACUGCUCUAUUGGCUGGAUUAGCAGCUUCAGUUAUUUCAAAAUGGAGGUCAAAUGAUGCUUUCUCAUAUGGGUAUGUUCGAGCAGAAGUACUUGCUGGUUUUGUAAAUGGUUUAUUCCUCAUCUUUACAGCGUUCUUCAUUUUUUCUGAAGGCGUUGAGAGAGCACUUGAGCCUCCUGAUGUACAUCAUGAGAGACUUCUUCCUGUUUCUAUACUAGGAUUCAUUGUAAAUCUUAUAGGAAUAUUUGUUUUUCAGCAUGGAGGUCACGGGCAUUCACACGGAGCUGGGCAUGAGCACAGUCAUUCUCUGUUUAAUGGUGGUCUCGGCCAUGGGCACAGCCACGGAGGUCAUGGGCACAGCCAUGAACAGAAGCAUGCCCAUGGACACAGUCAUGGUCACGGCCAUGGGCACUCUCAUGGUCAGGAUUAUUGUCAUGAUGACCAUUCUCUUGAAGCAGUGGCUGGAUCCAGCAAACAGAUUUUACAAGGUGUAUUUCUACACAUUGUGGCAGACACACUCGGAAGUAUUGGUGUGAUCAUAUCUGCUAUAUUGAUGCAGAACUAUGGUCUAAUGAUAGCAGAUCCUAUUUGUUCAAUGCUGAUAGCACUACUUAUAGGUGUAAGUAUUGUUCCACUUUUAAAAGAAUCCAUUGGGAUUUUGAUGCAGCGAACUCCUCCUUCCUUGGAAAAUGCCCUGCCUCAGUGCUACCAGAGGGUGCAGCAGUUGCAAGGAGUUUACAGUUUACAUGAUCCACAUUUCUGGACCCUCUGUACUGAUGUUUACAUAGGGACUUUGAAAUUAUUAGUAGCUCCUGAUGCUGAUGGAAGGUGGAUUCUAAGCCAGACUCACAAUAUUUUUACUCAGGCAGGAGUAAGACAGCUUUACAUACAGAUUGAUGUUGCAGCCAUGUAGUGAAUUUCUGGAAUUGUGCUGUUGGACCAAAGUUUUCAGUACUGUACUGGUACAACAACCUACUUCUCGAGACAGAGCCUGCCUCCACCACUGUUCUGGAAUCGACUGAAGAGAUUUCUGCCCUUGGGCUAUGGGUGGAGUUCACUUCUAAGGAGUAAAUAUUGAAUGAAUGUUAUGGACUUUGGGUCUUGGUUUUUUUGGGGCCCCCAAACUUGUAAGUUUUUGAGGGGUUUUUACUUAAUAAGAUUGCGGUACUGGAAACCCUGUCAUGUCUUCAGUAAAGCUGCUGAAACCACUGCUCAUUCCCAUAAAACCAGUGUUAUCGACAAUUGGAAACUUGUUUUGUAGAUGAUGUCACAAUGGCUGACAUGCUUCAAUAUAAUUGUAUGUUUGUACAAUUGUUUGUACUUUGCAAACUUAAUGAACCAAACCAUAUUGGGUUUUCAAAGUGCCUUUUAUAUCAGGAGAGCUAUUUGCCAGCAUAAAUAUGGAGCAUCAAAGGGUUUUAUUACUUUUACAAAUAAUCUUGUAUGCAGUCUGAUUAUUUACUAGUGAUGUAUGUGGGGGGGUUGUGUACUUGCAUAACUGUAGAUGUUAGACUUCCAUUAUACUUGCAUCUUACCAGACAGAAGAAUUCUAAAUGUAAAAGACAAAGCUGUUGUGAAGAGAUUUGCUUCCAAAAUAAGCUGGGUAUUUUGUUACACAUGUCUUGUGAAAAUUAUUUUUGUCAAAAUAUUAAUAUUUAACUCCAAUUCUUAGUCUCUUCAUACUGUUGAAAGUAAUGAGACACUACAUGAUGCUACUCAUGUUUAUAGUCACUUAAGAAACAGACAGCUGAGGGAAGAUGCUGGUGAUGGAAGCAGUGCUUGAAGUUUUUCAUUUUCCAAAUCCUGGUGGAAAAAACUAAAUCUCGAAAUUGUUUGUGAAAGCUUAAAUCUCCUUGAUUUUAAUAGGUUGUAAUAAUUUUUAUUAAAGUGAUUGGUGAGAUAAUUUUUGCCUUUCCAAAUACUGAAAAUAGUUGUUCCUGGUGGCUAUACUCAAAACAGAAAUAAGGACCAUGUUUUAUAUUUAAGAUUAUGCUUUUCCCAGGUUGACAAGUCUGAUAUCUUUGACUAUCUUACUGUAGCUUUUGUAUGUUUUCAUGGGGGAGAAAGUUCUUAGUGCAGCAUGGCUUGGUUGGUUGGUUUUUUUUCCAGAAACAUUAGUCUGUCAUAUUUUUCUAGCAUUUAUAAUCAUUUUGCUCAGAUCUGAGUGUUGUUUUCAAAACAAAUCUGCUAUACUUUGUAUUACAGAUGAUAGUUCCACUAUGCUGUAGUUGUUAACUUAUAAUGGAAGACUUUUUAAGAGGACAUUUUCCAAACAGAACACUGUGGAGUAAAAAACAAGGCAGGCAUUUUUCUGAUAAAUCAUAGCUGCCACUGA